AUGACGCAGCUGUCGGGCUGGUUCUCGCAGGUGCAGUACCUGCACACGCGCCGCGAGAGGGGGUUGCACCCGGUGAACGAGAUGAACCGUUUCGCCAUCCUUGUGUGCGGGUUGCUCUGCGGGAUCUGCGUCUCGCUGCCGUACACGUUCGACCUGUACACGACGCGGUUGCGCGACCAGUUUGAGCUGUCCGCCGGCGACCUGUCGACAGUGAGCACUGUAGGACUUGUAUUCUUCUACUUUCUGCUGCCGUUCAGCGUGAUCUUCGAGAUAUUCGGGCCGUUCGCGAACUUCGUGAUAUGCCUUACCACGGGCGUGAUCGGGACGGUGGGCCUUGCGCAGACCUUCUCCGGCGCGAUCCCCGGCAACGUGACGACGAUCAGCAUAUUCUAUGCGUUCCUGAACCUGGCGAGUGGGCUGAUGGACACGACGUACAUCUCGACGCUGUUCGAGGUAUUCCCGCGCAACCGCGGCCCUGUCGUGUGCCUCGCGAAGUUGAUGACGGGGCUGGGCAGCACGAUCUUUGCGUGCUUGAGCACGACGCUGUUCAAGGACAAUUUGAUCGGGUUCAUCUACUUCCUGUGCGCGUUCAUCGCCGUUGUGAUGGUGUGCGCGGGCGCGCUGAUUGUGCUACCGCUGUACUACAUGAACUGGUGGCGGCUGCGCGGGAAGAGCGCCGAGGAGGUUGUGCUGCUGCAAGCCACAAAGCCGCUGUACGAGCACAAGUUCGUGCCUGUGCGGCGCCUGAUGGUGGGAUACGCGGUCGCGCUGACGCUGAUCGUGUUCUUCACUGUGGAGACACCGGUUGUGGCGUACGUGAGCGUCGUGUCGCGCUCGGUGGAGUUGACGAUUGGCGUUGUGGUCUCCGUGCUGACGCUGAGCGUGUUUCUGAUGCUGCUGCCGCUGCGGUGGCUCGGCGGGAUGGACGAGGCCGCGCCGUCAGAUCUCGAGCUGCGCGCGAUCGCGCUGUCGUACGAAGCACCUGCGUUAGAGCGCGAUGCGUCGGUCGGUGCAGCGAGGGGGGCGUCGGAGUCGGGCUCUCGGCAGGACCCACGCUACCCGGGCUUGACGGUGCUGGACUACUGGAAAUCGCUGGACCUGUGGCUGAUUCUGCUCUACAUGUUCUGUGUUUCCCCGAUAGGGAUUGUAAUGUCGCACAACGGGAGCACGAUCUCAAUCGCUAAAACGGGGAAUCCGCGGAGCACGCGGACGGCCGCGCUGUACACCGCGUUCAUUGGCCUGGGCAACAGCGUGGGCCGCAUCGCGUUCGGGCUGCUCGAGGCGUAUGUGCAGCACACGAAGGGUUGGAGCGGGUGCCGCCGCGUGCUGGUGACUGCUGCGCUGUUUGUGAGCCCGACACUAGCGACCGUUGGUGGUGUGCUGCUGCUUGUGCUGCCGGGCAAGCUGAUUCUGCUUCCAUACAUCGUUGUGUACAUCAUGAAUGGAUUCAACGCGGCGCUGCAGGCUCUGAUCUUCACGUGCCUGUUCGAGAGCUUCCACAACACGCUUUACAACAUGGGGUACACGGUGAUGGUGAUCUGCGUGAUUGUGUUCAACCGGCUCCUGUUCGGCAUGUACGUGGACAUGCAGCACCGCAAGCUGCAGCUGAGCGCGUCGCAGGAGUGCAACCGCGCAGUGUGCAUCGAGACGCCGUUCAUUGUUGCGACGUGCCUUGCUGCCGGCGGGCUGCUUGUUGCGGGGCUUGUGCACGUGCGGUACGCGCGGUUCGUUGCGCGCUUGCAGGAGCGGCGGCCCGAGGCGGCGAAGCCGACGGAGUGCUGCACUUCCCACUCACGCCCGUAA